UAGUUCCUCUACCGCGGUCGGUCUGCGCAAACGCAGCAAACAGUGUGUUUACCCACCCCGAGGUAUAAAGUCGUGUCGCCAGCAGCACCGCGACGAUUCCACAGUGAAAGGCGGUACACACGGAGAAAAAAUGCGCGCGGCACUCUUGGUCGUCGCCGUCGCCGUCGCCCUGGCAACCGAAGUCUUCGGUGAAGCCGAACCCUGGGUCGAAGAAGAGGACGUACAAGACUACAGCGAUUACAGAGACUAUCAUGAUAGGGAGAAACGUGAUGUGCACGUCGAAGGGCCGUAUGACGAACACGUUCGCGUCAAACGUUGUCACGAUGAUGGCACAGAAGUGAAUAGAGCGAAACGAUCGGCUCAGCCCGUACAUCAGUAUGAAGUAUACGAGCCCUUCGAGGAAGGCUCUUAUCCCGCGCCAUCCUACCAGGAAAUGUUGGCAGCGAGUGCGGAACAUUAUCACAAAGUCUAUCUACCCCCUAACGCACGUGUAGCCCGGCAUUUAAACACGCAAAUUAACGCGGGUCCUUUGACAUUUGGUGUUCAUCCAGACCCCAUAGAAAUUGUCCCCGGACCGGUGAAUCUUGUUCCAGCGCCUGCUAACUUUAAUCCGGUACAAUUCACAAAUCAGCCUGCUUCAAUAGGCAUAGUUCAGCAACAGAAAGAAGACUUGGCACCUGCAGCUGGACACCAUGUUGAAAGUCACAAACCUCACGCUUUUGGUUAUGAAAAGGGGUUCGGACAUGCACAGGGUGGAAGUCAUUUCGCUGAUCAUGGAGGAAAGUCAGCCAAAGGCUCCAAAUCGAACCACUACCUAGACAAAGGUGGUAAGGGUCACAAGACUGAUGAGCUACACCGCAAGGAGUACGAAGAAGCAGCCGGUAAGAAGCGAAAGCACCACGACCAUGCUGGCCAUAAGGGCAGUCAUGAGGAGGAGGCUUUCGGACAGAGGGGAGCGCACUUUGACGAGAAAAAGGGACACAGAAAAGGACAUAAGACAAAGGGCUUCCACAACAAAUACCACAAGGACGAGUUCCACAAGGAACACAAGUUCUAUGACGACUUCCACAAGGGCGGCGAGCACCACCGCUACGGCAAAUUCAACGCUCGCCAUGCCACUAACGAGAGCGGCAAGAAGAAGGCCCACCACGUGAACGCUGGUCAUGACUUUGUGGAGAAGGGCAAGAAUGGAUAUAGCAAAAAGGGUCACGUAGACGCCGACCACCGCGGGUACAAAGGUCAGGCCGGUCACGAAGACCACCACGAACACCACUCGCAGCAUGGCAAGAAAGGCGCGAAGGAAGGCGGCUCCCAGUGGGGAUAUGCUAAGAAGAAUUAGACUUUAGCCCUUAGUGAUUAGGUUUAAUAUUGUAACCAUAUAUAGCGAAAAUGUUCAAGACUAUAAAUUUGAUUGUGUCAAAUUUUUGCUGCACAUUUUCUGUGUCUGUGAUUUUCCUGUUGUGGUAGGUAUGUAGGUAACAUUAAGAAAGAGAUGUCUGAAAAAAGAAUCUUGCUGAUUGAGAUUUUACCAAAAAUGACUUAUAAAUUUAAUUCUAACUUCAAUCUCUUUAAAAUCAAUCAAUCAUUAGGUUAUCUACUUCUUUGCGUCAUUUUCUAAGUUUAGUGUUGUGUUGAUUUUGAUGUAGGUAGUGAGUAGAGAAUAGCCUUCAUCACCCUUCCUUAUACCACAAUAAUUAACAUAGCAUUUGAUAAGAUA